AUGUCUCUCAGUCGUGUCUCCUAUCUCGAAUCAUGGGAGCACCAACCACCGCCCUUUAUCCGACAGCACCGCGACUCUAACGACUUUGGCUCCGGAGACGAUAACGACAACGACAACGACGAUAAUGAUAAUGACAAUGACUCGGCCUAUGAUUCCCGUGCCCAUGCCCAUGAUGACACCUCCGAGGCAGCUCUUCUGUCCUCCUCUUUUCCAUCAACUUUCCCAAGACGCGCAAUCCGCCACAAACUGAACUUCAACCCGUAUGCCGGCCGCGGCUGGGCACACAGUUCUGCGGCCGCAGACGAGGAGACUCGGUCCCUGCUGCGCUCGGAUAUUGGGUCGGUAACGAAUUUGUCAGAGUUGGCUUCGGUCAGGGGUGCAGAUGAUCCCCAGGUAGUAGCAGCGGCAGCAGCAGAAGUAGCGUUUAAAGAUCCCAACUGGAAUCUGGCAGAGACGACGCCGGCGUUUGAAGUUGGCCCCAGAAAGAGAGUGGCACAGGUGGUUGUUGCUGUUUUGUACUGUCUAUUGGCGGCGGGCACGGUCUUUGGCUUUGCGGCUAUCAAGCCGGUCUUUAUCCGGGAAGGAGUAUACCGCGACCAGUGCACGCCGGACGAGCUGCAGCGCGGGUUUGGGCUGUGCUAUGGGCAGGAGACGCGGCUCAAUCUGAUGUUCACCAUCGCCGCCGUCGCCACCAACAUCUGCGCUCUGCCUGUCGGCACUGUGCUGGAUACCUACGGCCCUCGCGUGUGCGGCAUCAUGGGGAGCUUCCUGCUCGCAGUCGGUGCUGUGCUACUUGUUGUCGGCCCACAGGUUUCGUUUGAUGUGUACAUCCCCGGAUACCUGUUCCUCGCUCUCGGCGGACCGUUUGUGUUCAUCUCGUCGUUCCAGCUGUCCAAUGCCUUUCCCACGCGGUCUGGUCUGAUUCUCUCGCUGCUGACGGGUGCGUUUGAUGCCUCGAGUGCACUGUUUUUGAUAUUUCGGCUUGUGAAUGAAAAGACCGAUGGUGGGUUUACUGUGCAAAAGUUCUUUACGGCGUACCUUGUCGUGCCGGUUUUCAUCUUGCUGGCUCAGAUUUUGGUGAUGCCGGGGACUUCGUACAAGACGACUGGCGAGUUGGUGCUGCAGGCAGCAGAGAAUAUUGUGGCAGAGGUAAAUGACCCAGUGGAUGAGUCUGUCGUGGAGCCGGGCGAGGCGGAGCAACGUCGGACCCGGCGGACGCGUCGAAAGAGCAUUGUCAGCAAUAUCAAGGGUUUGCUUGACGAUGGAACCAACGAAGGGAUGGUUCACACUGGCAUAUUUGAUGGAAGCAGGCCGACAAACAAUGGCGGUGGCAGCGUGUCGUCUCCCAAAAUAGACCACCAUCCUCCUCCUCCUCCUCCUCCUCCACCAGCUAGUAACGAUAACAGGCACAAGGUUGGCGGCGUCUGGGGAGCCAUGCACGGGGCGUCUGCUUUCCAGCAAAUACGCAGCGGGUGGUUUAUUCUGAUUACUAUAUUCACAGUUCUCCAGAUGCUUCGUAUCAACUACUUUGUGGCGACGAUCCGGUCUCAAUACGACUACCUUCUCGGCUCGACCGUGCUGGCUCGCGAGCUCAACGAGGCCUUUGACCUGGCCUUGCCCAUUGGCGGUUUAAUUGCUAUACCUUUCAUUGGAACAGCGCUCGAUCGAGCUGGUACUACCGUGGUGUUGUUUGUUCUCGUGAUAGUCUCGACGGCGAUUGGGAUUCUGGGCUGUAUCCCUGGCAGUGUUGGUGCUGGCUACGCGAAUAUCGUUCUUUUCGUUCUUUACCGCCCUUUUUACUACACAGCCGUGUCCGACUACGUGGCCAAGGUGUUUGGAUUUCAGACGUUUGGAAAGGUAUACGGGCUGAUCAUCGCGCUGGCUGGAGUGUGCAACUUUGCGCAGACGGGGCUUGAUGCUCUGACGUUCAAAGUGUUUGAGCGCAACCCGACGCCGGUCAAUGUCAUACUCACGGUAGCCGUUGCUGUUGUUGGAUUUUUCUUGGUCACUUUUGUGUCAACUCAGGCCUCGGUGCUGGGACAGGCGCGUGCUGAGCUGGCGGCUGAGCAGCAGCCCCUGAUGGGACGCGUGGAGAGCGAGCGGCAGAACGGGUAUGGAGGGGUUUGA